CUUGCUUCCCUUGCGAUUCCCUUUUCGUGUCGGGUCUAGUAGUGCUGGGGAAGGCCUGAGUUCCAAGAUGUCCUUCAGCGUAAUAACGGUGCUUUUCUCAUUCGUUCUAUUAUGUCUUACGACUUCUUUUUCAGAUGCACAAACGGAGAGCAACGGCAUCCCGGAGCCCUACGACCUCUUAUUUGACAAUGCGGUGGAAGCUUAUUACAAAGGGGAUUGGAUGACUGUCAUCCUUCACAUGGAAAGAGCCCUGAAGAAUCGAGGUUUACUCCGGAAAAUCAAAGCUCAGUGCAGGCUUGCCUGUGCAGACAACGCGACAUUUGGGCAAAACAUUCCAGGCGUUGGCCAGGCAUUACCCGGCGCCGGGUCCAUUGAAGAUUUGGGUUUUUUUCAGUCCAUCAUGAAACGGGCCGACUGCGUUACUUCCUGCGAGGCUCAGAAGUUGGGACCAUACACACUCCACAAAGUUAGCGAUGAAGUGCAACUGGAGUUCAGGAAGAGAACUCCUUACAACUACUUGCAAGUUGCAUAUUUCAAGAUCAAAAAGCUUGACCGGGCUGUAUCAGCUGCAAACACCUUCUUUCUGGCAAACCCCGACCAUAUGGAGAUGAAGCAGAAUCUGGAUUACUACAAGAUGAUGGCGGGAGUUCAGGAGAGUGACUUCAAAGAUCUGGAAGCUCAGCCACAUAUGGCUGCCUUCCUAGAGGGAAAGAAGCUGUACAGCUCGGAUGAUUUUGCUGGCGCGGUUUCGUUCUUUGAGACUGCGGUGGAGGAGUACUUCCCAGCCUAUGAGGAGUGCAGGGCUCUCUGUGAAGGAUCGUACGACUAUGAUGGAUACAACUACAUGGAGUACAAAGCAGACCUUUUCCAGGCUAUGACAGAUCAUUUCCUGCAAAGUCUGAACUGCAAACAGAACUGUGUGCUGGAGCUUGCGACCACCGCUGGAAAAGACAAGCCGUUUGAGGACUUCUUGCCAUCGCUGUUCAAUUACCUUCAGUUCUCCUACUUUAACAGUGAGAACUACGAGAAGGCUCUUGAGUGUGCUAAAACAUAUCUUCUCUUCCAUCCUGAGGACGAGGUGAUGAAGCAGAAUAUGGCAUAUUACGCAGUGGUUGUUGGGGAGGAAAAUGCCGUCAACAUAGUCGAAAGAGAGGUUAUCAAGCAGUAUAUCAAGAAGUCUUUACUGGAAAAGGAACUUCUCUACUUUGGAUAUGAAAUAUUCGGAGUGACUUUUGUGGAUCCAGACCCCUGGACACCUGCUGAUGUCAUGCCUGUGAAACUAAGAGAAAAACAGAAGGCUGAUCGGGAGACAGCUGCCCGGAUCACUGAGGAGAUCGGCAACCUCAUGAAGGAAAUCGAGACGCUUGUAGAAGAGAAGAACAAGGACUCAUCUGAUCUUACCAAGGUGUUUUCAGAUGCUCCCCAACCAGACACCCGAUCCACAGAUCAACAGUCCACAGAACAACAAGCCGGUGUGGUGCUUUUUGACAACAUCAAGGUUACCAUGACACCAAAGAUGCUGAAUGGCACUCAGAGAGUGCUACUGGAUGGGGUCACCACGGAGGAUGAGUGUCGCGAGCUACACCGCCUCUCGAACGCUGCAGCAAAGACUGGGGACGGUUACAGAGGAAAGCCAUCACCACACUCCCCUAGUGAGAUGUUUCAAGGAGUCACAGUGCUCAAGGCUCUUCAGCUCGGCCAGGAGGGCAUGGUUCCCCUGAAGAGUGCUCGCCUCUUUUUUGAUGCUAGUGAAAAAGUACGCAAGGUUCUGGAGUCGUACUUCCAACUGCCAACUCCUCUGUACUUUUCCUACUCUCACCUUGUUUGCCGCUCUGCCAUUGAAGAGAAACAGGAGGACCGCAAGGACCUGAGUCACGCAGUGCAUGCAGACAACUGCGUUCUGAUCUCAGAGAUGAAUGAGUGCAUCAAAGAGCCUCCAGCAUACACACACAGAGACUACAGCGCUAUCUUAUAUCUGAAUGAAGACUUUGAGGGAGGUGAUUUUAUCUUCACAGAGCUGGAUGGGAAAACCAUCACUGCCACUGUGAAGCCGUCAUGUGGCCGUGUUGUGGGUUUUGGUGCUGGCAAAGAGAAUCCACACGGAGUCAAAGCUGUCACCAAAAGUCAAAGAUGUGCCAUUGCUCUGUGGUUCACUCUUGACCCUCGACAUGAAGAAAAGGAGCGCAUCCAAGCACAGGAACUCCUGAACAUGCUGUCAGCGCCGCUGGACGCUGAGUUCCAAGGCACAGCAGCAGCAGACAGUGGUACAGCCACACAGGCAGAAGUAGCUGACUCCAAACCUGCAGAACAGACCAGUGGGUCAGAGGCAGCACAGCCUGUGAAGGAAGAGGAAAAAGCCACUGCACAGGCAGAACAGCCCGCUGAAAAGCAGGCGGAAAGUGCCUCUGUUCCAAAUGAUGUUGCACCUGCAGUGGAAGGCAAAAGUGACACAGUAAAGGACACUGCAGAGUCCAAAACGGACGAAAAAACUCAGCCAAAGAAAACUGUGAAAACGAAAGCAAAGCAGACCGAAAAGGUUAAAUCCACUGAGGGAGAAAAAACAAAACCCAAGCAGGUGGACAAAUCAAAGCCCAAACAGGCAAGCAAAACAAAAGCCAAGGAAGUGGACAAAACAAAAGCCAAGGAAGUGGCGAAAACAAAAGCCAAGGAGGUGGGCAAAAAAGACAGCACAUCCACAAAAAAAGUAGUGAAAAAAGCACCUGAUUCAAAGAAAGCAGAGGCGAAGACUGCAGAUUCUAAACCACAGAAACUAGAGUUGUGAUACAUUUUCAUUCCUUGAGUAUUUGCCUCUUUGCAUUUUUGUAUUUUUACAUUAUAUGUAAAUGUGAUCCGUGUGAGUUAUUAAGGUCAGUAUUGUCCUAAAUGAGGAUUUUAAAUAUGCAAUAAGGAAACAUCCACCACUGGAGAAAUUGUACAGCACUGAGCAAUCAUGUUCCCCUAAAUGUCGACUGCAGCUUGAAAUCUCCACACCCACAACUCACAUGUUUUUUUGGGGGAAGAAAAAGUUUCAAGCUCUCUUUCACUGUGAAAGGUCUUUCCGAGCUGGAGCAGGGCAAGUCUUAAACAGUCCUCAUAUUGAGAGGGUAAAGAUCUUUUCUGUUUUAGAAUAUAAGCCAUCGCCUGUCUAUGAAACUGUCCUAAAACUGUUUUGGACAUUCACCUCAGGAAAAUACCACAGAGAAACUGAGCUGUACAGACAAUCGUAUGUGCCUUGUGUAAAUGUGAUCUACCACAAGUUGUGACAAUAAUUUGUAAAAUGAAUAAAAUGUU